AUGCCCACGCUGCGGUAUGCAAAUCUUCACACCUCAGCAACUUCUUUGCGAGAUCCUCGGCCCCCAUCAGGUUCUCAAAAGAACACACCAUUCCGUUGGAGAGAAAGGCAUCCUCCCACUAAGCGACCAACCUACGCGCAAAAGCCAGCGCAGGAGCCCGACUUUGCACCACCCUUGCCACCUUCCAUCUUGCUAGUCACGCGAGCGCUGAUGAACAACCUGGAAGCGACUCGGCAGCAACCCGGAUGGCUGGCAGACAAAGCCAUCACCUUUGGAUUAAGAGGGCCAGGCGCGAGGGCUUUGAUACCAGGUUCCGACUACUCGGAUAGGGACGAUACCAACAUCGCUUCUUCGCUCGUCAGACGCUGGGCCGGCACCGCAGUGUCGGAGGUCAAAAGGGCAAGAGAGGAGUAUGCAGCUACGCAAGAGUCGCUAGGGGCGGCCGAAUCGGCGACCCUCUCCGCUGCUAGCCGAGCGUGGGACAUUAAAUCUCUGCAGAUGGCGUACAGCCUCAAGGGUGAGCACUGCAUUCAGAACAUCGUUGUCAAUGCCUUCAUCGAUAGGAUACACGACGACUUGCUGGAUGCUGCAGCGCAGCUCGAUAUACAAGCCGGUCAGCCACCGCCUGCCGAGUCUCUACAAUCCCCAACAAAGUUUCCAUCCAAGCAAUUCACGCCACCUUCGCUCGAGCCAGUUGCAGACGUGCAAGAAGGGUCGAGCACUACUCUGCGAGCCAUAUACAUGCGCAAGAAAGCAGAAGCAUGCGUCAACUUGGCUUCGCAUUUUGAGACCAUUCGAGCGUCCACCGACCUGCGCUUCCCACAGCUCGAAUAUCCUAUUGCCAGGAGCAUGACAAGGACCUUCCACCUGCAUGUUGGCCCCACCAACAGCGGAAAGACGCACGGCGCUCUGAAGGCGCUUUGUAGCGCAAGGAACGGAGCAUACUGCGGACCUUUGAGGAUGCUGGCUCACGAAGUGUGGGAUCGCAUAAACAAGGGUACAGUCAGCCCUGGUGUCGCUGCUCGGCCUUGCAAUCUGGUCACCGGCGAGGAGAGGAGAAGUGUUAGAGACGCAUCGUUGACAGCUUGCACUGUGGAGAUGCUUAGCUUUGAUGAUCUUCUAGACGUCGCUGUCAUCGAUGAGAUACAAAUGAUAGCGGACACCACAAGAGGUCCGGCUUGGACAUCUGCAGUGCUCGGCGUGCCUGCCAAAGAGGUGCAUCUGUGCGGAGAAGCGAGCGUAGUGCCACUGAUCGAGAGGAUAGCUGCUUCAUGUGGAGAUAAGGUGGAAGUGCACCGAUACGACCGACUUUCGCCACUCCGGGUUAGCGACAAGAGCUUGACGAAUGACCUUCAAAACAUCAAGAAGGGCGAUGCCGUCGUUAGCUUCAGCAGAUCCGGUCUGUUCUCCCUCAAAGAGAAGAUUGAGCAAACGACUGGAUUGCGAUGUGCUAUUGCUUACGGAGCGCUGCCUCCGGAAACCAAGGCGGAACAAGCCCGGAUGUUCAAUGAUCCUGAUAGCGACUUGGAUGUCAUGGUGGCAAGCGACGCGAUCGGGAUGGGACUCAAUCUCAAAAUCAAGCGCAUCGUCUUUGAAAGUCUGCACAAGUGGAACGGUAAAGAGACGGUGUCUUUGUCGGGCUCCCAGAUCAAGCAGAUCGCAGGUCGUGCGGGCCGGUACGGCACUGGUGCGCCGGGCGAAGAGGCCGGGGGUGAAGUCACAACAAUGGAAGAAACCGAUUUGCCGAUUCUUCGAAAGGCACUGGCAGCCCCUUUGCUGCCCAUCGAACGUGCCGUCCUUGGUCCAACAAACGAUGCCGUGGCCGCGCUAUCGACCCUGAUGGGUGUGCCGCAGACAGGCAUCUAUGCGAACCAGCUGUACAGCGGUAUCAGACCAGACGAAGCAGGCCGGGAAGAUAGUCAAGUGUGGAGGGCGUACGUCAGCCCGACACAGUAUCCGAUGAGCGAGAACGCCUUAGUCAAAUUCAACUCGGCAGAAGAACAGAAAUUGUUGGAUGCGGACCUCACAAAGACUUACAGGAAGUCAGCAGGUCACGCGAUUCUCGACUGCGAAGUGUACGACAUCACCCAAGGGGUGCCGAGCUUGAGCCAACUUUUCACUGCGUUCAAAGAUCUGGCGAGGGUCGACACGUCGACAUACUACCUCGCUGGCGAAGCUGAGGAGCACAUAUUGGCGGACAUGAUAGAGGAGGCAACGCGAGACUUUGCGAUACCCAUUCUGGACAAAUUUGCCAUCUCCCGAGCUCCUGUCAAUAGCAGGGACGAGCGAGUGCUGACGUUUGCAAAGAACCUGGUUCGUGGAUUUGGCAGGGGAGGCUUGGUCAGCGUCGCGGAAGGCGAACAAGGAUUGGACAUGCUCCAAGCGCUCGACAAUGCCGAGGAGUGCCGAAGAAAAGCAGAAGAAGUCGUUGCUCGUAUUUCUGCAAAAGGUUCGGAGGACAAGCGCGCGCUGCCCUCUGCGGCGCACAUGGAGCCACCAGGCUUGGACGUAAACUCUUUGCAGCUCUUGGAGUCCCUGCAUCGAUGCGUCACCCUGUACUCCUGGCUGCACUUCCGCUUUCCUCUUGCCUUCCCUUAUGCCGAGCAGACGCUCGAGAUCAAGGUCAGGACGGAGAAUGCGAUCGCGUGGACUUUGGAAGCUAUCAAGUAUGCCAGGAGCAGACGUUUGGCAGCGUUGGAGCAAAAAAGGGAGCAGGAUCGCAAGAAUGACGCGGUUGCCGGAGGACAGUCUGGCUCGUUUCAGCGAUCUGGCCAGCGCAGGGAUGACCUUGGGUCACGACGUUUUCCACGUGGGCGUAGAGACGACUUUGGGCCUAGAGAGAGCUCGUCAUCCUCUAGAGAUAAGUGGGUCUGA